AUGGGGGACGGCAAUGAAGGAGAAAAUCAACCACUUCUAGCUACUGAAAGUACAACCUACAAUGGAGAUGUUUCUGGUCAACAAGCUACCGUCUCUCCCAUCGGCCCAGAUGAGCUUCCUCCGCCAUUUUACCAACCUACAGAGGGCGGAGGAGUACCUAUGGUCACAUGCAGAGUCUGUCAAGCUAUGAUAGAUAUAUCAGGAAAAAGGGAUCAGCAUGUCGUUAAAUGUGCUCAGUGCAAUGAAGCCACGCGCAUCGCCUGUCCGCGGCCGAACUGCAAGCGGAUCAUCAAUUUGGCGCCCAGCCCGGUCACACCGCCGGUGCCCACCAUGCCGGGGAUGUGCAGGGUGACUUGCGGCCAUUGCCACGAUACUUUCUUGAAAAACACAUCACUUAGGAUCUUGAAAGAAGAACUCAGAACUCAGCAUAUUCUUGAUGCAAGUAUAGGCACAUUGAGCAAACUUCUCACAAAUGUAGGAUUCAAAUAUAAAAAAGAAGACAACAGACGGUUAUUGGUUGAGAAGACGGACAUAUCUCUAAUGAGAGCAGAGUUUUUCAGAAAGUUUUAUGAAAAUCGCAAUUCUAGUUUCCCUAGACAAAUCGUCUUCUUAGAUCAAACUUGGUUAUUUGCCAAAGGGAAUAAGAUGAAAUCAUGGCAAGAUCAAAGUACAAAAAGCGUUCGUAAACCAGAAGCGGGCACCUACACGUACGCCCAGCGCCACAACAGCGUCUACGUGGCGUAUGUCGGAGCUUUCCUCUUGGCGCUCAUCAUGCUCGUGCGGAGCCUCUAUUACUAUUUCAUGAAAGUGAGCAUCAUAGAUGGACCGAUGUAA